CCGCCGCUGCCCGGUGCCGCCGCGCUCGCGCCGCCGUCAGUGACCUCGUCCCUUCCCUCCUUCCCUCCCUCAUCCCCCCCCGCCCUCCCCGGCGCCGCCGCCUCCCCCCUCCGCCGCACGGAGCAGGUCCCGGGUGCUGGGGGAGACCCGGGGACAGAUUAAUCAGCCACUCGAUGGGGAUUAACAGUGGAGCACCUCUUUGUGUCGCCUUUCCACCUCUGUGUAGCACGAAUAACAACUUCAGCACUUCUUCAAUAAUAAUUAUGAAACUGGUAUUAACUGAAUGGCAAUUAUGGAUUUUUAACUCUAACUCACAGUAAACCAGCAAGCCAUAUGUUGAAAUUCUUACCAAAUAGCUUUUCAUUCUUAAUGUCUCGUAUCUCUACAAGAAGUUGCAAGAUACCUGUUUGUACAAGAGGAAUAUAAGCGUUGCUUGCCUGAGGAACAGAAGCUGAAAGAGAAGACACCCUAACUUGUUCGUGGAGUUAUGGUAGUAUUAUUUAUAUAGAUAUAACAAAUAUAUAUAUUUUUUAUGGUAAUGAAAAUGGCUCCUCAGAAUGCUGACUCGGAAUCUAUGCAAGUUCAAGAUCUACCUGUGGCACAGCUUCAGAAACCAGAAAACAAGGAGAAUGAAAGUAGGGAGGAGACCAUUAGUGAAGGAUCCAUAGACCGGAUACCGAUACGCCUGUGGGUGAUGCAUGGUGCAGUAAUGUUUGGCAGGGAAUUUUGUUAUGCCAUGGAGACAGCUUUGGUAACACCUGUUUUGUUACAAAUUGGUCUUCCUGAACAAUACUACAGCCUCACUUGGUUCCUCAGCCCUAUCCUGGGCUUGAUCUUCACUCCGCUCAUAGGUUCGGCCAGUGACCGCUGCACGCUGAGCUGGGGCCGCCGGCGGCCUUUUAUCCUUGCUCUCUGCAUUGGGGUCCUCUUUGGAGUUGCACUUUUCCUUAAUGGCUCUGUGAUAGGUCUGGCUAUUGGUGAUGUCCCGGACAAGCAGCCCAUUGGAAUAGUUCUCACGGUGCUUGGGGUGGUGGUGUUGGACUUCUGCGCCGAUGCAACCGAAGGGCCAAUUCGGGCCUACUUGUUGGAUGUGGUGGACAGUGAAGAACAAGACAUGGCCCUGAACAUCCAUGCAUUUUCAGCUGGUCUUGGCGGAGCAAUUGGUUAUAUGUUAGGAGGGCUGGACUGGACACAGACCUUCUUGGGUAGCAUUUUUAAGUCUCAAGAGCAAGUCCUUUUUUUCUUUGCAGCCAUUAUUUUCUCUGUCUCCGUUGCUCUCCACCUUUUCAGCAUUGAAGAAGAGCAAUAUAACCCUCAGCAGGACAGGAUCGAUGACGAAGGAGACACACUUUCCAGUGCCAAAUUCAGUGGCAGUCUCCCCCCUCUGAAUCGGCUGAAUGUAAUUAGUGAGGAAGAGCCCUAUGGAGCUUCCAUGUUCCAUGAUGAGGUUCAGUCAGAGCAUGACCUCAAUAUGGAGUUCCUUGAAGUGAACAUUGUGAGAAGCAAGAGUGACUCAGUUCUGCACAUGCCUGAUGCCACAUUGGAAAUUGAAUCAGAGCUGCUUUUCCUGCAUGACAUCGAACCCUCCAUUUUUCAGGAUGCUUCAUACCCAAACACUCCCCACAACACGAGCCAGGAGAUCAUGAAAUCCAAGCUCAACCACCUGUCUGCUUUCCUCAGGGAGAAUGAGAAGGAGGAGGAAAUGUUGCUUGAUAAUCGUUUAAAUGAAGAUAAAGUCCCAAACAUCAACGGCUCCCUACCAAAGGAGUUCCUCAACGGCCACGCCAGAAUAGGCAUGAAGCAAUCCAGCACUUCCAACUCCAUGCGGCGGCGCAGGCACAUGUUCUACCGGCAGCCGUCCUACACCUUCUCCUACUACGGCAAGAUCGGCUCCCACCGGUACCGCUUCCGCCGCGCCAACGCCAUCGUGCUGAUCAAGUCCUCGCGCAGCAUGAACGACAUCUACGACAUGCAGAAACGGCAGCGGCAGCGCUGCCGGCACCGCAACCAGAGCGGCACCACCAACUCCAGCGGGGACACAGAGAGCGAAGAGGGCGAGACCGAAACCACCGUCAGGCUCUUGUGGCUGUCGAUGCUGAAGAUGCCCAAGGAGCUGCUGAGGCUGUGCGUCUGCCAUCUCCUGACCUGGUUUUCCAUCAUUGCUGAAGCUGUGUUCUAUACGGAUUUCAUGGGACAGGUCAUCUUCCAGGGCGAUCCAAAGGCGCCUUCGAACUCGACUGAGCUGCACGCCUACAAUGCUGGGGUUCAGAUGGGAUGCUGGGGGCUGGUGAUUUAUGCUGCUACUGCUGCUGUUUGUUCAGCCUUGUUGCAGAAAUAUUUGGACAACUACGACCUUAGCAUAAAAGUGAUCUACAUCCUGGGCACGCUGGGCUUUUCCCUUGGCACUGCAGUGAUGGCCAUGUUCCCCAAUGUGUACGUCACCAUGAUAAUGAUCAGCACGAUGGGAAUAGUCUCCAUGAGCAUCUCCUACUGCCCCUAUGCGCUUUUGGGACAAUACCAUGAGAUAAAACAGUACAUUCACCACAGCCCUGGGAACUCUAAGCGAGGGUUUGGCAUCGACUGCGCCAUCCUGUCGUGUCAGGUUUACAUCUCCCAGAUCCUGGUGGCCUCCGCGCUCGGCGGCGUGGUGGACAUGGUCGGCACGGUCAGAGUCAUCCCCAUGGUGGCUUCGGUGGGAUCCUUCCUGGGUUUUUUGACAGCAACUUUCUUGGUGAUUUACCCUGAAGUCAAUGAAGAGCCAAAGGAAGAGCCAAAGGGACUGGGUCCUCCUGAGACAGCCGAGGGCAGCGGCGCGGGCGCGGAGAAGCCGACGGUGCUGAAGCUGACCCGCAAAGGAGCCGCGGCGGCGGAGCCGGAGGGCGAGUCAGCCGUGUGAGGCCGCCGGCGCUUGUUCACCCACAUUCCAAGGAGUGCAGGUGCAGGAUCAAGAACUUUUGUUGUGGUUUUUUUUUCCAGGAAAGCAAAUUAGGACCUUCACUACUUGUAGCUAAAAUUUGCAGAAGAAAAGGCAGUUUCAUGCAAAAAUGUAAAUGAAAUUCUGUAGUCCUUCCUCUAGGUUUGAGCAGGUUGCUCUGAUGCUAAUUGCUUUCUCUACAACUUAGAAACGUCAUUUCUGAACACUUUUUUAUUAAGAAUACAUUUAGAUUUCAAAUAAGUUUUAUUAAUCUGCAUGAGACUCACAGUGUAUACAAUUAGCAGUUAGAAAAAUUAAGUUUUCAGCUGUUUUUAAACUAACAGAAAAUGGAAGCUAUCUUGACCUAUAGUCUCUUGCCAUUUUUUUGUCUGAACAUUUCAGAUUUCACUAUGCUUAGACAUCAAUCAAUUUUUUUCACUAGCAUGAUAUUACUGGUCUGACAGCUACGUUAAUUUUAGACUUCAUGUUUUUCUUAGUGCAAUUACUGCACACUCCUUUUAUUUGCAAUUAUUUUCAAAGAAAAAAAAAAGCAAUUACUGCAGUUUCUAAGAAACUGCCGUGAAUUCUUUUAGUCAUACUAUUCACAACCACUCCCAAAUCUGCUGCAUGUCAGGAGAGAGUGACACUGGGUGCUGGAUGUCAGCUGUAGAUGGAAGGAGCAGCAGCUGGGAGAGGUGACCAGCACUCACAGGUUUCUUUAUCACAAGUGCUGCAUUUUAUGAAUGUCGUUGGAAUACGCUGUGACAAUUUUUAGCUGAGAGUUUCACGUGCUGGUGAACUCGGGGGUUUUCUCAGCAUUUAAACCUGAUCAUCUCUGGAUGAAGCUGCCGUGGAGAAAGGGCAUCUCUGGGGUCAGCUUUGUGGAAGGGGGCGUGCGGAUUCUCUUCCGUAGGGAAAGGAAGUCAUUGAUUAAUUGCACUUUUUACAAUCCUUUAACCUCCUGGCUGGGAAUGCAGCAGCCGAGGUAAAGGCGUGGGGUCAGUACAACAAGGAGAACCCAAGGCCUACCUCCGUCACUUUAUGGCAUAGUCUGGGUGUAUAAAAAUCUGUGUCAGAAACAGUUUUUAGGCCUUAAAAUUCAAAUGUUGCUGUUCCAGUCCCUGUGUUGGAGGAAUUGUAGGCCAGAGCUCUUCUGAGCUGCUGUACCAAUGUUGUCAGCACAUCCUCCAUGUCCCCUUCUGUGAUUCAGGACACAGCUGCAGUGCAAAGAUACUUUUCUGGAAGGAGGUUCAAAGAGUUAUGCUAACUUGAUUUGAAAUAGGUUUGGAUCAUUAUCCAGCAGCCAUUUAAAGCAGCUUUCAAAACUUGUGUUUCACAAACUUCCAAUUGUCAUUUGUAAGACAUGUUUGUGAUACUGUUGACUCAUUUUGGCUUGGGCCCCCCGGGCUGCCUUAAUCCAGUGCUGGACAGGCAAACACAGCACCGUGUGAGAUUCCUGCUGCCUCAAACUCCUCCUCCUCCUCCAAGACUUGCAAAUGCCUGUGUCAAUCAUGCUGCAAUCCAGGCAUUCAGACAAAGAAGCUAUAUUUCAAUAUGAAAAGCAGUUUUUAAUGAAUUACUUGAAAUGUCAAUGCUUUUGAGAAAUGGAUGUUUGGGUGUAUUUGUAGGUGGUAUCCGUGGGUUUCUCUGAAGACUUCCAGUCAAUGCCUAUGGCCUCUGCUAUCAAGGGUGAUGAUGUUUUUAGGCUGGUGACAUCACAGAGCACUGAAGUACAUGUAAUCACACAGGACUUGGGGUUGUAUUUGUUUUUCCAAGUAUCUUGAGGAAGUCUUUCUUUUUCUAUGGUGAAUAUUUUUUAUGUAGAACAUGUACUGUGAACUGCGUUCAGCCAGGGGAGCAAUACUACUGAAGAGUGUGAGACCUUACUGAAGAAAGCAGUUGUGAGAAAUUCUGCCGUGAAUUUUAUCAUCUCAGUUACAUUUAAUAUAUUCUGGUGAUGUUCAUGUGUGAGAGACAAGUGUUGUGUUUCACCCAGAACUGGCAUUCAUGUAAGUUACAUGCUGAGUUACACAUUUUAAAGUGGCUUUAAUAUUUUAGUUUUGAAGCUCCUUGAAGAUUCUACUUUUGGUUAAAUAACUGCUGUCAAGUACUCCUUAUUUUAAUCUCUACUGCUGGAAAGGUUCUUCAACAGUUUAAAAACCUGCAUCUUCUGACUGGUGCCAGCCUUACCUUCUUCCCAAGUGUUCCAUGGACCAGCAUGGAUCAAAUCUCCAUUACUCCACAUUGCACUUUCUAAGCCAAGAUCUCUUUCACUACACCAUCACACUGACCAAGUAGCUGCAGAGAGGGUGGAGAGGCUGCAGCUCCCUCUGACUUCAGAUCCCACAGAGGGAACAUGAAACCAUUUUCGGAGUGAGCUCACCCAUGUUCAUGGAACUUUCUCAGCCAUGGAAGGGCAAGGACGGAGGAAGGACUUUCAUUUGGAACCCAGAAGCUUCAAGCAAAGGCAGGGCAGGGCCAGUUUUGUCAGCAUUUGGCAUGGCUUCAUUUCUAAGAGCUGGAUGUUAAAAUCUCUGUUUGGAGUUGUUUAUGGGGCUCAUAACGCAGGAAUAUGCACACUGCCACAGCAGGAAGCUGAUUUCACUCCCCGGUAAAGGGAAAGGAAAUAAUUAUUCAUUGUAAAUGUGCUAAAGUUUUUUGUAGUGUUGCCAGAAGAAUUAACUUGGGGAGCCCCAGCCAAAGCAUCUCCUCCUGUCCUUGGGCCAGUUUGGGAAACCCCCACACUGGCUUCACCCACUGAAGUGUCCCAAGGGCUUUUGCUUGGAUGUGAAAGUUCUCUUUUAGCCCCAGAACUGCUCAGUGUAGAGUGGGCAAUGAUUUAUUUCUUCAUCUGUCCCUUACUUUAUCUUUUCAUACAGAAAUGAUUUUUUUUGGCUAUAAUUAAAGUAGUACAGUUUAUGUGUUUGUUGCAGAGCUUGUGGAAAGAGAAGUUUUAGGUGGCUUCUUUUGUUAUUCUUGGUGACAACUAACACCUUUUGUUUUGUUUGUAUACCUGUCUAGUUGAAGUCAUCCCAUUGGACCAUCAGUGUAGUAGUACUGAGGUUUAGGGGUUCAAUUCUGUGUUGUUCAAUACUUUAAACAAUUUUAACAUGCUCUGCUGCAGUGAUAUGUGACACUAGGCACUGCUGGUGCCCAGACCCUCGAGGGCUGGGGUUGAUCAGCUGCACAUCUCGAGAUAUUUCCUGUGAGAGCAGAGGAGUUUUAACUUUCACUCCUUGGAAAGGCGCAGUGUGGGUUUGGCCCUGUUGGGCUGUUUCAGUCCAGUGAGAUCUGUGCUGUUUGUGGACAGCAAUUUCAGACUCCAGAAGCAAUAAUUUCUUAGUUUCUCUUAGUUUCUGUUCCUGCUGGUUGGUUGACUUUCAUGGAGAUUUAUUGCCUAAAUAGCCUUUUAAUAACACAAAUAUGGUGUUUUGCUGGCGCUGGCUGUGAGUAGUUGUGGAAAGAUAGGGGUUGUUCAUCAUCAGGAGGGAGGAGGUCAGUAAAUCCAAUGGAGGUUUGUGCUCUUGAAACACACAGUGUCCUUUCCCCCUUUCAUCUGGAGCUUUUUUCUAGGCUCUGAAAUAUUCCCAGCACAUCAAUGCCAAUGCUGGCUCUCAGACCCCAGGAUGGAACAGGCUGGAUGAGGUUUUCCUCACAGGCAAGGACUGAGUCUUUCUUAUCCCUCUCCCACCUCAUCUGAACCCCCCAGCACUUGGAAUGACAGCAGCAACCACGGUGCUUUUUGCCAGGUACCUCAUUAAAACCUCACUUCCAUCAUUAAGAACAUGUCCCCUGCUCUUGGUCUGGGAUGAGCUUGGCUUCCUCCAGCAUCCACCAUGAAAAGCAGGAUUUUCCUGGCUGCCAGAUCUCACAGCCAUGCAGGUUGAGGCCACAUCUAUGAGUAAAGGUAGAGAGGGUCACACUGUUCCUGGGAGAGCUGGGGCAUCUGGGCAGAGGGAAGCACAGGAUGCAGGUGCUGAGAUUUGGGGGUUUUUAGGGAUGUGUUUGUGUUUGUACAUUUCCAGACACUCUUUGGGGGUUGUGUGUUGCUGUCACUGUACUCCACAACUUUUUCAACUGAGUUCUUCCAGGUUUCCCUCAUCCUAGUCAGAUGCAAGACAAGCUCAGCUAUAAAUAUGUAUCCUAUUUAAAUGAACAAAUGAACUCCUGCAUGAUACUCCAAGCACAUGUAGCAGCUUCAGCAUCUGAAGUGUCUGUGGUGAAAGAGAAGUUGGUUUUCUUUGCAGCUGUUUUGUCCUCGUUUCCUUUGAAUAGGCCAAAUAAAUGUAAUGGACACCAAAUAUUGCACAGAAAUGUUACUGAUGACUGUGUGGAAGAAAUACCAAAUUUUAUUUUUCUUUGCAGAAACUUUAUGGUUCCAGAAAGUCCUUUAGCUGUUUUCCUUCCUUAAAUGACAAAGCUGAACGUUUGUAAAGCAUGUCACAAAAUGGUCAUUUGGAAAAAGUGGAGCUACCCAAAGUUUUCUCUUUGUCAUGUUGCAUCCAAAGGAGCUGCAGCAGCUCAAACACCAACUGGGGUUUGAAUUUGAGGCUCAGCAGUUCAGAAACUGCCUCAGAAAACAAAAAAAAGGCUCAAUUUUUUUUCCUGGCAUGGCACUCACACCCAGUGAUCUGCUCAUUAAGGUGUUCCAGGUUUUCCUGUCAUUUAAAUUAAAAUCAUCUCCUGGAAAAGCAAUUUGGUUUGGUUCCUCAACCUGAGCAGCUUCACCUGAAUUUCCACCUCAGCUUCCCUCGCCCAUGGGAGUACAAGGUGUGCCCAGGAGGACAAACACAUCCCCCACCAAAAGAGAGCAUCUGCUGUAAUUAAAGGGCUUUUGAUGCCCUUUCAACCUGCUAAAAUGUUAAGGAAAAUGCAGAGCAUGGUUCAAUUUGACCUGCUCUGGCACAUUUAUUCUUAAAUUUGGAAGUUUGGGGUGAAGCUCUGGGAGCAUUUAAUCAAACUUAGAGUCACUUUAUUUACUGUGCACCUACUCAGUCCUUAGUGACAGCCAAAUUGUAGUAAAUGACCCCAAAAUCCUGACUUUUCUCUCAACAAAUUGGCAGUUCCCAAUGUGAAUUUGUUUUGCCUGAUGUAACAUGAACACUAAGCCCUUUAAGUAGCCAAAUGACCAGCUUAUUUUAAAUGCCUCAUAUUACUAGAAAGCUGCAUAUAGGCAUCUCAUAGUGGGGAAAAAAAUUUAAAAAAAAAGAAAAAAAGAGAAUAUUUAGUUCCUUUGUGAACUGGCCAUAUGACAACUACUUUUUUAUCAACUUAUUAAGUUGGGGCACUAUAAUAGCUCUUGCUGAGUUUAGCAAUGUUUAUAAGCAUGUGUUAAACACAUAAUGUUGUUUUAUGAGGAAAAAGGGAUAAAGAAAAGUGAUGUCACAGAUGAAUGUUUGAGUGCGUAGACGGCAUAAUGUAUGUAUGAUUUUUAUUUCUACACUGUUGAGCUUAUUUUCUGUUUAAAGGUUAAAAAAAUUGUUGCAUGAGAACUGUUUUAUUGUGUUCUGCACUUUCUGUUCUUUUUGUAUAAUCUUGAUUUUAUUUUUCAUUUAUGCAUAGAAAAGAAAAAAAUCAGUUUAGAAAUAUUCUACUCCACGAGACAUUGUGUUCCAAUCUGUUGUUCCGACGUUCGAUCUUAAUAAACAUUUCAGUAAGA